AUGGUUUUGAAGAGUAAUACAUUUGUUGAGAAAUCACCGGAGCCCUUGUCUGGUAUACAUAAUUAUACAUUGAAUGAUUUUGAAACGUAUUUAACAAGUUUAAAAAGAAGUGAUGCACCGUCUCCAACACCUACUACUCCUGUGGAUCUAUCCAAUAUUCCUACUAUAUUUUUAUCAUCCAAUUUUUCCUUAAGUAAUACGCAAACAUUUAAUCUUGUUUUUCCUGGUAUUGGCCAUUUUCAACGUUUAUUAUUAUCACCUGAACAACAACAAAAGUCUCGUACAACAUGUACAAAUGGUAACAUAUCCGAAACAUCUACAAAAAAAUUACCAACAAAUCAAUCUUUAUCCGUUACAUCUAAUGGAACAGAAACAACAUUAGAUCAACGUCAUCAAAAACAUUCGAUAUCAUCAACGACUCGUCUAUUACAAGAUAAAUAUACUCAUUACCUAGAUAAAAUUGAAGUUCAAAUAUGUCGGGAAUUGUCAUUAAAAUCAAAUGGUUUUUUGGAUGCUGUUAAGUCACAUGAUGAAAUUCAUAAAUUUUUAAAACAAACACGUCAAGCCAUUUCUUCUUUACGACAAGAGCUAACAUCGUAUGAUGAAACAUCUCUAUUAACAUUAUUAAAACUUUAUCGUUAUAUUCGUCAACGUCAGAAUCAAUAUUUACUCUUAAAAAAAUUACGCUCUUUAACAAUUGUAAAUCAAACACAAAUUACUGUACGAUUGUUAUUAACGACAAGUGAUUAUGUGAGUGCACUUGAUUUAAUUAUGGCAACGAGAGAAAUCAUACAAACGGAAUUAAACAAUGUACAUUGUCUAAGAUAUUAUGAUCAACAAUUGAAUGAAUUAAAUAUUUUGAUUGUCAAUCUUAUGAGACAAGAAUUUACACAACAUUUAGAAAAUGAAUUAAAAAAAGAUAAUACGGAAAUAAUUGACGAAGAUAAAUUUGGCGCUAUAAUAGUUGGUCUAAUUCGUGUGAACGAUAAUAAAUAUUUAGAUGAAAUCAAUUCAAAAUUUGAAAUGUGUAUUCAACAAACUAUAGAUAAAGCAACAAAAGAGAAAUUGGAUGAAAUGAAACUGAAACAAAAUAAAAACAGUGACAUAUCCGAUCAAACACUUUCGAUUACGACUGAUUUUCGUUAUACUUAUCCAUCACACAAUAAUUCCUAUCAUUUUUCUCAAUGGAAAUCGAUUAUUGAUCAUGUUUUACAUGAAAGUCAAUUGAUAUUAGAACGUAUCAAUUUGUUAACAAAUUUAAUCUUAGAUGUAUUUCAAAAAUGUUUACAAUCAAAAUCACCAGAUGAUUAUCAACAAUUAAAAUCAAAAUACAUUCAUCAAUUACAUAUACUUUAUGAUUCAAUACAAGAUCGUCUUAUUAAAUUAUUUAAUGAUUUAACAAUCGGACGACAUUCAAAAUUUCCGGCUUUAUUAUUUGAACAAUUAUCUAUCUCAGAUUUUUCAACAAUUAUUCAUUUAAUUCAAACAUAUACAUUAACAUUUGAACAAUCAACAAUAGUAUCUUAUCGUUCUCGACCAUUUCGAACAUGGUUACAAGCACAAACACUUAAAUUUAUUCAACAUUUUCAUGAUGAAAGAAAACAACAAAUUAAUUUUAUAUUAGGACCCAAAGAUAGUGAACAAUGGAGACAAGUUCAAGUUCCACGUCCAUUACAGACAUUAGUCGAUCAUAUUCAAUUGAAUGGAUUUAUAAAUAUUGAUCAAUUGUCUAUGACCAUUACUACUAAUUCCACUACUACAAAUUCUAAUAUAUCAAAUGAUUGUGCUCAUAUUCAAAAUGAAACAUUUAUAUUACCCAAUUGUUGUUUAAAAUUAUUUACAAUAAUCAUUGACUAUUGUCAAUGUAGUACAUUUUUAUAUAUUCAUACACCAAAAUAUUGCAUCAGUGAUAUACAACAUCGUCUUAUUGAAAUUUUGAAUAUAUUUAAUUCAAAAACAUGUCAACUUAUAUUGGGUGCCGGUGCUGUUAAAAUUGGAACAAUAAAAUCAAUAUCGGCAAAAAUACUCGCUCUAACAAGUAGAUGUUUACAAUUCAUACUAUAUUUUUUAUUAAAAAUUAAAGAACAUUUUGAUAUAUUACAACAAUUCUCUACUAAUAAUGAAUUGACAAUAGCUUCUACUGCUACACCAACAAUUUCAUUUUUAUCAUCAAAUAAACAAUUUGAACAAUUAAUAAAACUUUACAAUGAACAUAUCGAUGAAAUUCAUCAAAAACUUCUGACAAUCAUUGAGCAAACAUUUGUUGCAGCAUUAUCAAAGUACGAAGUACGUGCACCCGUACCAUCCGAAUAUUUUCGUACACUAUCUACUGAAAUAUCCAGAUUUUAUAACGCUAUUAGUACAAUUGUAUCACAUACUGAUCUUCAAUAUUUGUUUACACAUUUAAAUCAAAUAUUUAAACGAUUAUUAGCAAAACGUUUAAAACAAUUAAAAAUUAUCAAUGAUGGUGGACCACAAUAUGAUCUAUUGACACGUGAUCUACGCUAUUAUAGUAAACAAGUUCAAAAGUUACAUGGUCUAGAAACGUUAGAAUUACAUAUUGAUGAAAUAUGGGUUAAUAACAAGACAGGAUUAAAUGAAACAGAAAAGUGA